AUGAAUGAAUAUGUAAAAUAUACAACUAGCUUUUAUGUUUUUGACCUAUAUAAAUAUGAUACUAGUGAGGAAUUUUUAAAAAGUUUACAAUUAAUAACGCAUGAAGAUAUAAUAAUUAUAAGUUUACAAAAUGUUGCUGACCAAAACUUGAGAGAGACCUAUGAAAGUAUUAUUAAUAAACAAUGUAACCAGAACAAGGAAUAUGUGUUUCUACAUUUAGAUUACAAGUUAGAAAACGAUCUAUUUCUUCUUAUGAUUAAAAGAGGAUUACAUACUUAUGUUGAAGAUGUAUAUUAUAAAAUCAUAAAGAUAUCUACUAAAAAUAUGUUUGGAAAAAUAUAUAAAAAAGUUAUGAAAUAUUACUUUAUUGAUUAUAUACAAAAAGUAAUAAAUACAAAUAAUCAUUCUAUACAAAUCAAAUGUAAUAAAAGAAUGGAUGGUAAUAAUAAUGUCUCAACCUAUUUUGGAAAUGAGGAAAAGAAAAAAGAAUUUAAUAUAACCUUACGUAAAGAUAUGUUAUUAUAUCAAAUGGAUCAUAGGAAAUAUUUCAACUAUUUAAAUAAAUGUUUUCAACAUGCAAAAAAUAUAAACCUAAAAAAUGAUGUAAAUAUAAAAAAUAAAAAUAUGAAUAAAAAAUUCAAUCAUUCUUUCUCGCAUCAAUAUAACAUUAACCAGUAUGAAAUUUUCAAAAAAAAAAAAAUACAAAUGAAGGGUACAUAUUCUCAUGAUAACACAUUUAAUCAUAAUUUUGCUUAUCAUUAUAAUAGCGACACAAUUCUGGUAGGAGACAGAAAGGAGAGAUAUGCUAUUAAUCAUAAUAUAUGUAAUAUGAAGAAUAAAAAAGAAAUUUAUACACAUAAUAGUAAUAAUAUAUAUGAUAAUAAUAAUAAUAAAAAAUGUUUUAAUAAUAAUAAUAUAUAUGAUAAUAAUAAUAAUAUAUGUGAUAAUAAUAAUAAUAUAUGUGAUAAUAAUAAAAAAUAUGAUCGUAAUAUUUUACACUGCAUAACCCUUAUGAUUAAUAAUAUUCGCUUUUGUAUUUGCUUUUGUAAUUUUGAUAUUUACAAAUAUAUUGAAACAAAAAGUUAUUAUCAAUAUAUAUUUUACAAAGAAAGAGAAAGAAAAAAUAAUUUUUAUAAAGAUAAAGAAAACAAUCCCUUUUAUAUUAGUUACAUGAAUUACCAUUUAAAUCUGUAUAACAUUUUUUGUAAACAAUUAUAUAACCAUUUUAUGAAUAAAAUAAUUUUUGAGACAAAAAAAGAAGAUAUGUAUUUAUUUAGUAUGGAUAUAAUUAUCUUCAUUGGAUUUGAUAAAUUAGUUUUAUGUAAUAUAAAUGAAAAUAUGAAACCGGAAAAAGACAAAAGUAAAUAUAAUAACAUAAAAAAUAAAUAUAAAUACUUAUCUAAUAAUUCUCUAUACUUUGAUAAAAACAUUAUAAUCUUUAAUAAAAAUACACACCAUUUUUUAAUACAAAAAAAUUAUAAAACAUUAACAAGGGAAAAGAAAUUAAACCUUAUACCUAUAGGAAUGAAAUCGGUGUGUGAUUUAUAUACAUUAAUUAAGAUAAAUAUAAUCGAUGACUUUUUUUUAUAUCAUAAAUAUAAUAAACAGGAACAACAUUAUUCGUUCAUAAAUCAUCUAAAAUCAAAAAUAAAAAAAAAUAAAAAAAAAAAUAUUACCAUAAGUGUAGAACCAAAUAUUAUAAAUCUUAAUGUUAUAAAUACGUAUGAAAUUUAUCAUACCUCUUUUGAAAUAUGUUAUGAUUAUAAAGAGAUAGAAGAACAUGAUAUAUAUACAUAUGAAAAGUCUCAUCCUAAUAAAAACAAUGCUCAACUUAUUUCAUCUACAUUCUUUUUCAAUAAUAAUCAUAAUACAUUGUUAUGUGAUAAAAAAUAUUAUGAAGAAGAAAAGGAAGAGCGUUAUUCAUCAGACGGGAAGGAUAAUGUUUGUUGUGUCAUCUUCGGGGGAAAUAAAAAGGAUAAAAAAUUUGAUGAAGGGGAGAAUAAAACAUUUGAUGCGGGGGAGAAUAAAACAUUUGAUGCGGGGGAGAAUAAAACAUUUGAUGCGGGGGAGAAUAAAACAUUUGAUGCGGGGGAGAAUAAAACAUUUGAUGCGGGGGAGAAUAAAACAUUUGAUGCGGGGGAGAAUAAAACAUUUGAUGCGGGGGAGAAUAAAACAUUUGAUGUACCACACGAUUACAAAAUAAUAAGUGAUCCCAUAGGGGAACAUAUAAAUGAUGAUAUUAUAAAAAACAACAAAAAUCAUUUAAAAAAUAUUUCAUCUAAUUAUUUAACAAAACAAGGUAAAAAAUACAACUACCUAUUCCAUCUUCUACAUAUGAGUACUAGGAAAAAAAAAGUGGGGGAAAAAAAAAAAAAAAAAAAAAAAAAAAUAUAUGGGACAAAUAUCUUAGAGGGAAAAGAAAAAAUACAUAAUGAUUUUAACAAAAAAAAUUAUAUAUAUCACAUACAAGAAAAUUUUGAUUGUAAUGGUUCACCACAUUUGAAUUAUAUGAGUGAUGAUUAUAAUAAAAGGGAAUAUUAUAGAGAAACAUAUUAUAAACAUGAUAAUAUACUUGAAGAAAUAAAAAAGGAAAAUAUAUCGAAAGAUGAUAUAUAUAUUAAUAAAAAAAGUACAGAUAUAAAUGAUGAUGAUUUAUAUUUCUCAGUUUUAUGUUUUGAUGCUCAAACAAAAUCAACUAUGCCGAUUAAUUUAUAUUCUUUUCUUCAUUUAAAAAAAAAUACAAUCUUUAAAUAUUUAGAAGAGAAUAUACGCUUUAAGGAACAAGCGCAAGAUGUAAAUUGUAAAGGGUGUAUGGUAAUAAAUAAUAAUGAUAAUAUGAAAAGAAAUAAUAACAACAAUAAUAAUAAUAACAACAAUAAUAAUAAUAACAACAACAAUAAUAAUAAUAACAACAAUAAUAACAACAACAACAAUAAUAACAACAACAACAAUAAUAAUAAUAACAACAACAACAAUAAUAAUAAUAACAACAACAAUAAUAAUAACAACAAUAACAAUAAUAAUGUCAUAAUUAAUCAUAGUGAUUAUAUGAAAAGCAUACAAAAUAACAAGAAUAUGAAAAAAAGGAGAACGAAAAGAAUACAGAAUAAUAAAAAUAGAUACACCUUUGCUACAGCAAGAUAUAUUUAUUUACAACCAUAUACCGGUAUUAUUAAAAAGAAUACUAGAAAAAAAAUAGAAUUAAAUAUUUUCAUUGAACACAUUUUAAAAUCACAGAUAAUUAAAGAUUCAUUUGUAUUAAUUAUUAGAAUACAUAACUUUGAUAAAGAUAUUUUUUUAACCGUCAAGUGUGUUAUACAAAAUAAUAUAAUUACUUCUCUUAUACAUGAUAAUUUAAGUUUUUUAAAAAACAAAAAAUAUAUACAUAAUAGAGAUAUACAUACAGCAGACAUGUGUUCCUCUGAUUUGGAUAAUAUUAAAAAUAAGAAGACUAUAAAAAAGAAAUACAAAAUAAAGAAAAAUAAAAUUAAUUAUAGCUUUCAUCAUAUGACGAAUAUGAGUUUAUUAAGAUAUAGAUAUAAUAAAAAAAUAAUAAGAUACCGAAAAAAUCAACCAGAAAAUAAAAUGGACAAUAUCAUUAUGCUACAUAAAAUGAAUGUAACAAAUAAUAUAUCACAUAAUAUGAAUAAGAAAACGCCGUGUCAAAUACAAAAUUAUUCCUUAAAAAAUGAUUGUAAUAAUAUAUUAAAAAGUAUAAUAAAUUAUAAGAAUAUGUUUAAAUAUGAUAUUAAAAAGAAAAAGAGAGGUUCUUAUUUUUUAUCCAGAAAUUUUACCAAAUUUUUAUUUUUCUUAUUCUUUCAUAUAGAUAAAAAACAAAAAAUAUUAUUUUGCAAUACAACAAAUGAAAAAAUAAUUGAUGACCUUUUGUAUUUGUUUAAUUUAAGUAAUAUGAAUUAUUAUCAUUUACUUUAUUCAUUUCAUUAUAUAUUUCAAACCUCCAAGGGGAACCCUGAUAUGUGUGAAUAUAACUAUUACUCUAAAAAGAGGUUCUUCGAUAUGGUUAAACGGUAUAUAAGAAGGAAUAGGAAACGUGAUAUUAACAGUGAACAUGAUCAAAGGGAUGGUAGCAAAAAUAAAGUUGAAAUGAAGAAAUGGUUCUUCAGCAGGGGUAAUAAUAACAACAACAACAACAAUAAUUAUGAUAAUAAUGAUAAUUAUGAUAAUAAUAACAACAAUAAUUAUGAUAAUAAUAACAAUAAUUAUGAUAAUAAUAACAAUAAUUAUGAUAAUAAUAAUAACCGCUGCUAUGAUAAUGCCUUCUUUAUUCAUGAUAAACAAAGAGAUAUGAAACAUUUACAUAACGAUUCGACUGUUCUAUAUAAUAUUACUUAUUUAAUAAGAAAGAUAGAAAAGAAUGAAAAAAUUCAAAACGAUAUAUCCAUCAUAUCCUUAUUGUUUUUAUGUGAACAAUUUUUUUAUAUUAUAAAUACAAAUAUAAUAACAUCCCAAUAUCUUAGUUAUAUAAAAAAUAUUUAUAAUAAUAUGAAUAUUAAGAAAAAGAAAAAAAUGUAUUUAAUCUUUUUGAUUUUGGUAAAAAAUUCUUUUACAUGUAUAUAUUAUAAAAAUAUUUUUUUGGUAUUUAUAUCAUUUAUAAAGAAGAUAUUUAUUUAUUUCCUACAAUUAAAUAUUCAACAUUUUUAUGUAACGGUUAUGAGACAGAAUGAUCUUACGAAAAAUAAAAAUAAGAAAAAAAUAAAAAAUGAUGACAACAUAAUUGAUGAUGGUGAUAAUGAUGAUAAUAUAUACAUCAACACAUUUAAACAGAACAAUUAUCAACAUCGAAUAAAUUAUAUGCAAGCAUAUUAUCCAAAGAAUAACAAAUUAAAAUAUUAUUUUGAUUUAUUUCUUGAUUCUUUUAAUUUUUUUCAUAAUGCUUUUCUAAUUUAUGUUUCCUCAUUUAUAUUUAGUUUUCUUGAUAUUCAAAUAGCGAUCGAUUUAACGCAUUACAUUCUUUUUUAUUUAUAA